CCCUCUAUAACCCAGUUCGACUUGGCCCAGUCUGGCACAACCCGGCCCUGCCCGGCCAGGCGCCACGUUAUGGAGUUACUGUGGGUUCCCCUCUUGGGCUUAUGUUGCAGUUUGGCCUCCGCUGACCGACACACCGUCUUCUGGAACAGCUCAAACCCCAAGUUUCAGAAUGAAGACUACACAGUCCAUGUUCGACUGAGUGAUUACCUAGACAUCAUCUGUCCACAUUAUGAGGAUGAGUCUGUGGCCCCAGAUGCCAUGGAGCGUUAUACACUGUAUCUGGUGGAUCGUGAGGAAUACCAGCUGUGCCAGCCACAAUCCAAGGAACAAGUGCGAUGGCAGUGCAACCAGCCCAAUGCACGGCAUGGUCCUGAGAAGCUAUCUGAGAAGUUCCAACGCUUCACCCCCUUUACCUUGGGAAAGGAGUUCAAAGAGGGACAUAGCUACUACUAUAUUUGUAAGUCAGUGGACAGAUUGGGCAUGGGGUGGGCACAGUGUGGAAAGGCAAUGAACAUGAGGCAGAAGAAGAGCGCUAGGCAGGAAGGGCUUGGUAGGAACACAGGAGUACUCUGACCAGAGAGGGAAUGGAAUGGGCAAUCAGAUCCCACAUCUAGAUCCACUUACUGGGGCUCAGUUUUGACAAGGGUUGCUCAGACUCUACUCUUCAGGGAUUCCCUAAACCAAACACUUGUACAAGAGGAACUUCUUAGCCCGCCCACCUUAGGCUACAGUGAAUCAAAGGAAUGUUUUAUGAGGAGGGUGUCAGGUACACAUAAAACAGGAAAACAAAAAUAGUAUCACUAACAUAACAAAACAAGAUAAGAUAUUCAAAUCUUGGGUGGAACUAUGACACAUAUAUUAACAUGGUUUAAG